AUAUCGCGCGGAGAUGUCCGGUCUCGGUCAAGUCGCAUACCGAACGACGACGCGUCGCGUCCCUCCUCUCUCCGUCUCUCCGUGCGUGUGUGUGAGGAUAUAGAGACAUUACACACGUCGCGGCGCAUUUUUCAACGCGCUCGGCUGUCAUUCGGACGAGCCUCGUCGCGAGUAUACUUUCCAAUACCCAUUCUGCUCUCUGGUGCUGCCAGUGCCGUUUCUCCGUAUACACUUUAUAGACGAUGGGGACGAGGAAGCUCCUGUUGGUGCUGCUGUCUCUGGCGAUAGGCGCCAACGCGCGAUUCUUCGUCAAGGACGAGGAAGUCGACUCCGCGGAGGUUCUGGACCUGUGCGAGAGCCCCGUCUACUGCCAAGGCGAUCUGCUGCGGACGGUCCAGUUGGCAGCCCUCUACAAAGACAGCAAGACCUUCGUCGACCUCUCCCAGAAGAACGACGAGGAGGUGACGCUCGCGAACUUCGAGGCACUGAUGAACGCCACGGGCAAGAACCCGAGCAAGCAGCAGGUGCAGGAGUUCGUGGGUGCGAACUUUCUCGAAGCAGACGAGCUGCUGAACGUGACACUGCCCGACUGGAAUCCGGAGCCGGCGAUACUCCGGCGUAUCUGGGAUCCACGCUAUCGCCAGUGGGCAGCCGACCUCAACGAGAUCUGGAAAGGACUGGCCAGGCGCAUGACCACAGACGUCAGGGACAAUCCCAAGAGGCACAGUCUGAUUUACGUCAACAACACCUUCAUCAUUCCGGGCGGACGAUUCAAAGAGUUCUACUACUGGGACAGCUACUGGGUGAUCGAGGGUCUACUCUUGAACGACAUGCACGAGACCGCAAAGGGCAUGAUCGAAAACUUCCUCUCGAUGGUCAAGACUUACGGCUUCGUACCCAACGGCGGCCGAGUCUAUUACCUGAUGAGGAGCCAGCCGCCUCUGCUGAUACCCAUGGUCGACAAGUAUUACGAAUUUACGAAGGACUGGAAGUUCGUCGAACAGAGCCUGCCCACCCUGGAGAAGGAAUUCAACUUCUGGCAGCGUUAUAAAUCGGUGAAGGUCGUGAAAAACGGCCGCGAAUACAAAAUGGCCCGAUACGUCACCAACAGUGAGGGACCUCGGCCUGAAAGUUACCGAGAGGACUACCUGCUGGCCGAGAAUAUAACCGAUCCCGCGAAAAAACGCGAAUUCUACAACAACGUGAAAGCCGGCGCUGAAAGUGGCUGGGACUUCUCCGCCCGCUGGUUCAUCGCUGCGAACGGCGAGCCAUCUCUCGAUCUCCAAGACAUCACCACUGAGAAUAUCCUUCCAGUCGACCUGAACGCCUUCCUCGAACGCAACGCCAGGAUUCUCGCUCGCUUCUUCCGCAUGAGAAACAACUUCGCGAAAAUGAAGCAGUACUUGGGCGUUGCCAAGGAGUACCGCGAGGCCAUCCGACAACUGAUGUGGCACGAGGAGGACGGCACCUGGUACGACUACGACAUGAAGCACCAGAGGCCUCGUAGAAUUUUCUACCCGUCGAACCUGACGCCCCUCUACACGCGAAGCUACGUCUGGGGAUACGCGGCCGAUUACGGACUGCGAGCUGUGCAGUAUCUACGGGCCAACGGCAUCACCGACUUCGCUGGUGGUACCCCGGCCUCGCUGGAAAACAGCAGCCAGCAGUGGGACUUCCCGAACGCCUGGCCGCCGCUGCAAUCGAUCAUCGUCCAGGGCCUGAGGCUGACGAAUAACAGGCCGGCUAUGGAGACCGCCAGAAACCUGGCUGCCACCUGGCUCAAGGCUAACUACAUCGGCUUCAAUCGUACCGACAAGAUGUACGAGAAGUACGACGCGUUGGAGCCAGGCAAGUUCGGCGGCGGCGGCGAGUACGACGUUCAGGACGGCUUCGGCUGGACGAACGGAGUAGUCCUCGAGUUCCUCGACACAUAUCCCGAUGCCAGAUCGACUUUCGAGCCCGUCAAGCCAUCGCACGCUCACGGAAAACUUCAGCCCAGAAUCGGCAUACGUCCCGACGUGACGCAUCCGGAUCUCAAAGUGCGGCCUGUUCUCCGAUCCAUCUGGAACCACUACAGCAACUAAGCGACUUGCCAAAGAGCACUAGUAUUACUGAUGAGGAGUGCGAGGAAAAAUUAAAAGUCCCAAAGGACGUCUUUAGUAUUAUUUAUUAAGCUGUAAAUCGUUACACUGCUGACGAAACCUCUCGUUGGCAUCGUCAAGGUUAUUAAUUAUGAAUAGAAUAUUGUCGUAUUAUGUACAGAGCGCGUUAUCAGAUUAUUACUGAUGAUACGAUUAAACAAAAUUUACACUACUUCCAACGCUCUCCAUUGUCAUAUCCUAGUUGAAAAAAAUCCUUCAGCACGACGUUGAACGUCGCGUUGACGAACCCUUGAACCUUCAUUCGCGUCACUGUAACAUGUGAAGUGUAAAAUGUACUGUAAAAUAAAGUUAUCGAUGUUGAAGCAUA